GGAAUGCUCCCGAUUUGUCGACGUCUAGCGGAUUGUAAGUCAGCGAGGUCUUUAUAUUUACCUUAUUCCACGAGGUAAGAAAGCUUUAAAGGGAAUUUACUCGCUGCGUGUUAAAAAAGACUAUUUCCCUCGUUGAACUGCGACACACAGUGUUGGAUUUGAUCGGUCCGCCAGUAGACAGGUGGCGCUGCAGAGCGGUUACUUCACUGACUCAGGACACCGGUGUGUGCGAGGAAACAUCAAACUGAAAGAUAUUUCCAGAGACUUGAGAAAAUGUCUCGCCGAUAUGACUCCAGGACAACCAUAUUUUCACCUGAAGGGCGCCUGUAUCAGGUGGAAUAUGCAAUGGAAGCGAUCGGUCACGCUGGAACAUGUCUGGGGAUUCUAGCAAAGGAUGGUGUGCUGCUGGCAGCAGAGAGACGCAACAUCCACAAACUGCUUGAUGAGGUUUUCUUCUCUGAGAAGAUCUACAAGCUCAAUGAAGACAUGGCCUGCAGUGUUGCUGGGAUCACGUCAGAUGCUAAUGUUUUGACAAAUGAGCUGCGGUUAAUUGCACAGAGGUAUUUAUUGCAAUACCAGGAGCCAAUUCCCUGCGAGCAGCUGGUCACUGCACUGUGUGACAUUAAACAAGCCUACACACAGUUUGGAGGUAAGAGGCCGUUUGGUGUUUCUCUGCUGUACAUGGGUUGGGACAAACACUACGGCUUCCAGUUGUACCAGAGUGACCCCAGCGGCAACUACGGAGGCUGGAAGGCAACCUGCAUUGGCAACAACAGCGCUGCUGCAGUGUCCAUGCUGAAGCAGGACUACAAAGAGGGAGAGAUGACGCUGUCCUCUGCUCUGGCUUUGGCCGUCAAAGUCCUCAACAAAACGAUGGAUGUCAGCAAGCUCUCAGCAGAGAAAGUUGAAAUUGCCACUCUGACACGAGAAGAUGGGAAGACCAAAAUCAAGGUGCUGAAACAGAAGGAAGUAGAAGAACUCAUCAAGAAACACGAGGCUGAAGAGGCCAAGGCUGAAAAAGACAAAAAAGACAAGGAGCAGAAGGAGAAGGACAAAUGAGCAAAUUAGUAACUUUUCCCCCGUGUGUCACCAAACCCUGUAUUGUUUUGUCUUUUACAUUAAACAUUUGGAAACUAA